UGAAAAUAUGGAAUGAGUUUGUCUUACUUCAUUUGCAUGUGAUUCCGCUGUUCCCGCAAGCAUAUACAGCUCAUCUUCCAUCAUUACCAAUAUACCAUCAUAAUCAUUUCAUUUCAAUUACCUUUUUUUUUUUGUGAUUAAUUUCCAUCCUCUAACUGUUUCUCAAAACAACAUCGUGAUCAUCAACAUGUAUCAUAUAUGUUCCUUUUCUUCCUAACCAUCCAAUUCAUCACUUUCUUAGACCCCAUUGUUUGUUUCAUGUGAAAGUUGUUCUUUUCUCUUCAAGUCAAGAAAAAAAUGGACAACAAGAUGUUCCUGUUGUUCAUUUUUUCAGCAGUGUUGGUUAGUGUUGAAGCUGAACCAGUACAAGAUAAACAAGCUUUACUUGAUUUCCUUAACAGCAUGAAUCAUUCACCACAUCUCAAUUGGGAUGAGAAUUCUUCUGUUUGUCAAACAUGGAGAGGAGUAACCUGCAACACUGAUGAGUCUCGAGUCAUCGCGAUUCGAUUGCCUGGAGCUGGUUUAAGUGGUUUAAUCCCACCAAACACUCUAACUCGCCUCUCAGCUCUUGAAACCGUUAGUCUUAGAUCAAAUGGUAUAACUGGUUUUUUCCCUGAUGGUUUUUCUGAGCUGAAAAACUUGACAAGUCUUUAUCUUCAAUCAAACAAGUUUUUCGGACCAUUGCCAUUGGAUUUUUCUGUUUGGAAUAAUCUCACUGUUGUUAAUUUGUCCAAUAAUUCAUUUAAUGGUAGCAUCCCUUAUUCAAUUUCAAAUCUAACUCAAUUAACUUCAUUAGUCCUUGCAAAUAACUCUCUUUCUGGUGUGAUUCCUGAUAUUUAUAUUCCUAGUUUGCAAGAGCUUAAUUUGGCAAACAAUAAACUUAAUGGUGUUGUUCCAAAAUCACUUCUUAGAUUUCCGAGUUGGGCUUUUUCUGGUAACAAUCUUACAUCAGUAACUACAGUUUCAUCACUUUCUCCAGCUUUUCCUAUGAAACCACCUUAUAAUGCCAUUCCAUCAAAGAAAAACAAAGGACUCAAUGAAACUGCAUUGUUGGGAAUCAUCAUUGGUGUUUGUUCACUUGGAUUUGCAGUGAUUGCCGGUGUUAUGGUUCUGUGCUGCUAUGACUAUGCAGCAGGUGUAGUUGAACCUGUGAUGAAGUCAAAGAAAAAUGAAGUUUCUUCGAAAGCAGAAUCUUCCGGAAGCCGAGAAGAUAAAAACAAAAUUGUGUUUUUUGAGGAUUGUAAGCUUGCAUUUGAUUUAGAGGAUCUUUUGAGAGCUUCUGCUGAGAUACUUGGAAAGGGUAAUUUUGGUACAACAUAUAAGGCUGCUUUAGAGGAUGCAACCACUGUGGUAGUGAAGAGGUUGAAAGAGGUUAGCGUUGGGAAAAGGGAGUUUCAACAACAGAUGGAAGUGGUAGGGAAAAUUAAGCAUGAUAAUGUUGAUACAUUAAGAGCAUACUAUUAUUCAAAGGAUGAGAAACUUGUAGUAUCUGAUUAUUAUCAACAAGGCAGUGUUUCUUCCAUGUUACAUGGCCAAAGAAGAGAAGGAAGAACUUCUCUAGACUGGGAUAGCCGUUUAAAGAUUGCAAUUGGUACAUCAAGAGGCAUUGCUCACAUUCAUACUCAACAAGGUGGGAAACUCGUUCAUGGAAACAUAAAAGCCUCAAACAUCUUCCUCAAUUCACAAGGAUAUGGUUGUGUAUCAGACAUAGGCUUAGCAACAUUGAUGAGUCCAAUUCCUUCACCAGGAACAAGAGCAACAGGGUACCGUGCUCCUGAAGUAACCGACACUCGUAAAGCGACACAUUCAUCUGAUGUAUACAGUUUCGGAGUGCUAUUACUUGAGCUUCUAACUGGGAAAUCACCUAUAUAUACAACAGAAGGUGAACAAGUUGUUCAAUUGGUUAGAUGGGUGAAUUCUGUUGUCAGAGAGGAAUGGACUGCAGAGGUUUUUGAUGUGGAGCUUUUGAAGUAUCCAAAUAUUGAAGAAGAAAUGGUAGAGAUGUUACAGAUAGGGAUGGCUUGUGCAGCAAGAAUGCCAGAUCAGAGACCGAAAAUGGACGAAGUUGUGAGAAUGAUGGAGGGGAUUCGUCGUACCGAAAAUCGACCUUCAUCUACUGAGUCUAGAUCAGAAGCUUCUACUCCAACUAUUGAUGCAACUUAAAUAUUUUCUGUUUCUACCUUUGUUUGACAGAGAGAUUUUUUAUUUUGUUUUGGUCAAUGGUAGUUUUUAAGGUGUAAUCAAUGGAUCAAUUUGAACUAUUAAUAUUAGUGGGGUUUUGGAGUCGGUAAAAAAAAUAAAAAUAAAAGUUGUGCUUGAUGGUUAAGCUACCAGAUUUAACUGAUGGUGAAUCAUAUUGGGUCCCUUUUGUCUGUGACUGAUUUAUUGUAUUGUUUGGGCAGGGAUUCUUCUUGACUCUUUUGUGUGUUAUGCCUAGCUCUUACAACAUUCCUAAGUCAAAGUGCUGUCUUGAGCUGCACACAGGACACUAUUAAAUUACUGUUCAGUGAUUCACUCUUGGACCAA